UGAGACCUGUCUGCUGUCAGUGUCGGCUUCCCGACUUUAAUUUUAUGGUUUUGAGCAGUAUUCCUUUCCGUGUGUAGUUUAAUGGCUUUAACAUGAUGAAUUUGCUAGACUCUUAUUGUUAUCGUUUAAAUCAUGUAAUAUCUUUUAUAAUGAUGACGUAACGAACCAACAUAGUUGCUUUCCGAAUUUUGAAGGACACCGUGAUAGUUCAUCAGCAGACGAGAAGAAUGUCCUCUAUAUUGAAUAAGUUAUUUACCAAGUAUUUGUUUUUGACAAACACUCUGACAACGGGAGGGUUGUUAGCUAUUGGGGACUGCAUUACGCAGACAAUGGAGACUGCAUAUGCCAGGCGCAAGGACAGAGAUCUUGCCGCUAGGAAGCACAUCCAUAACUGGGGAAGGACGGGGAGAAUGUUCUCCAUUGGUGUGAUGCUUGGCCCGUUUAACCAUCUGUGGUACACGAAGAUAAUUGAGAAGGUUGUGACGACUGGAGGAGCACGGGGAGCACUGAAGCGAAUCCUUGCUGACCAGGCUAUUGCUGGACCAUUCUUUUGUUUUUCAUUCUUCUUUGGUAUGGGACUAAUGGAGGACCGUGGUGUGAAUGGGGCACUACAAGAGGUCAAGGACAAGUUUCUUACUGUAUACAUAAUUGACUGGUUUGUGUGGCCACCAGCCCAGUUUAUCAACUUUUAUUACCUUCCUAAAAAAUUCAGAGUGGUGUAUGUGUCUUGUUUGACUCUGGUGUGGAACACAUUUCUCUCCUGGUACAAACACAGGGAAAUAGAACAUAAACAUGAAGAAUGAACUGGAGACUGAACAAGUACGUCAACAUAAAAAAAACAGUGACUGAACCAGAACGUCAACAUAGAGAAACUGGAGACUGAAUGAGUACGUCAACUUAAAGAAAUAAAGAGACUGAACGAGUUCAUCAACAUAAGACAGCUGGAGAAUGAAAGUGAAUGUCAACAUGAAGAAACUGGAGACUGAACGAGUACACCAACAUAAAAAACUGGAGACUGAAUGAGUACAUCAUCAUAAAGAAACUGGAGACUGAACGAGUACAUCAAAAUAAAGAAACUGGACACUGAACAAGUACAUCAACAUAAAGAAACUGGACACUGAACGAGUACAUCAACAUAAAGAAACUGGACACUGAACGAGUACAUCAACAUAAAGAAACUGGAGACUGAACGAGUAUAUCAACAUAAAGAAACUGAAAUAGAACUGUUUGUGGAGGCCUAGGUCAGGCCAGUUUAUGAAGCUUUUUCUAUUAGUAGGAUCCUAGCUUGAAGGUAGGACAAAUUGAUCUUCAUCUUGACACAAUUUACCUCAAGUUACACAUUCAGGUGUAGGUAUUGCUUCCAAGGUUAAAGAUGUCCAUGUCCUACCUUCAAGGGCAUGAUCCUUUUUCUCUCCAAAAUAAUCAGAUGAAUAGUGCAAAUGAAAUAGUCAUUUAAUAUCUCAAUAUACUUCAUGGAUAGGAAAUAUCCCCGAAAAUCAAAAUAACAAUUUCUCUUCAGUGAUACAAUGUACAUGUGGUGGCUGAUGUACACACCUUUAACUGGUUUCUCCCAUUUCUACAAUUUUAUUAUAGCAAACAAUGAUUGUGUUUUUUUUAGUUUUCACACAUCUUCGUGUCAUCUGGUAUAACGUAAUAAUAUCCUGUACAUACUGAUUAUUCACUCCAGGUAAGGCAGGGAUAUCUUCUUUGUGACUGUGGAACAAAUUCUAUAUCACCAUCCUGCAAUAGACCCACUCUCUAUUUUGAGUCAAAGUUGAUGUGUUGGCCACUUUGGAUUAGGUACAGUAUUCACAUGGUCAUGGUUAAAAAUUGGUACUGGGGUGGUGAAGAAGAGGUCUUAGUGAUGUUGGAGUUAGUUGAUUUAGUUCAUAUACUAGAAGCAGUAGGUGAUAUGUUGGUAACUUGGUAAAGUACACAUGACUGUAGUUAUGAUAUGAUGGUAAAAGUAGAUCUGUGGCUACUGGCCAGGAUUUGACUACCUGAGCAGUUGUACAAUAGAUGAUGUUGGUAAUGUGUUGACUUAUUGACCUAGGGUAUUUAUAUUUUAACAAACAGCAGUGUAGUUAAAAUUCUUUUUCAUAUCUCCUUAAGAAAAUUGGACUUGGUUGUUUUUGACAGUUGGCUGUGUUACAGUGUGACACUAACCGUCUGUCUCUUCGCUAUAUAUGUUUUCCCCUAAAGAAUAUUCUCUCAGGUUUUGACUGAUCUCUUUGAAAUUAAGUAACCAUUAUAAUCAUUAUGUGUAAUUUUCGUCUAGAGCAGCAGUUUGAUUUGAUGAUUUUUUUAAAGAGUUGUUGCCCUUUCCUAUCCAGAGACCUUUUAAGUCAUUCAAUUUAGCAUGCACUGGUGUCUGAUGACACUUGUUAUCAUGCCAUAGGUGGGGCAUAAAAGUUGUACCUGCUACCCCCAUGGCAUGAUCAUAAGAGGUGACUAAAUUUGGGAUCUUCUCUUUUCUUAUCUUUCUAGUCACUUUAUUCUUCCUUACGUCUCCCUUGACACUUCCUCACUUUUGGCUUUUAGUUCGGUUUUUGCCACUGUGAGCACAGGGGCAUCUUAAGUCUUAUAUUAAAAAAUAGUCAGAAAUACCUAUGCCCCUGAGCUGUGAGGAAGGCUUUGGGUUCUAUUCCCCUGGCAAAGACACACCAUAGUCCAUAAAAAUGGUAUAGUUUUAAUAUAGCUCAGCAUUUUUGUGAAUGGGACAACUGGUUUGCCUGUUGUCAGUAUAAUGUGACCGGGUGGGGUGUCCUGCUGAGAGUUUUCAACAGUAUGCCUCAGUGAAGUAGCCGUAAAACGUCUGCAUCAGUUCCACCCUAUCACAAGGAGACAAACAUGAACAUACUGCAGCCUCCCAAAACACACACACAUUCACCACAUGCAUGCAUCUCCCAAACCAAAUUUGUUAUAUUUCUAUAAUCAUAUUUUGAUAAAAGAACGGCAUGAAGCUGGCGUAUAUUGUUUCACCAUUUGGAACUCUUUGUAUUUGUGACGACAGUGAGUUUAAUGCAUACAGUAAUUAUAAUAAUGCUAAUUUUAUGGAAAAAGUAAAAAAAAAAAAAAAAAGAUC